AUGCUAUCAGCGGCCCUCACUAUCGAUCUGGCGAUGAAUGUCCUUGACAUUAGCCAAAAGCUAGUUCUCUCUAAACUUCCGAUUGCGAAAGAUGCAGCAUUCGAUUCUCACGCCGAUGAGCAUAACGCACAAUGCCACCCCGAAACCCGGGUCGCCCUUCGCCAGGAUAUUAUGAGAUGGGCCGAUGAUCCGCAUGGGAAAUGCAUAUUCUGGCUCAGUGGCAUAGCAGGGGAUCUUGGCGCAAGCUUCUUUUUCAAGAGAGGCGAGCAGGACCGCGGAAACGCAGCUCGAUUAUUCACAACUAUUGCUUCUAGACUUGUCUACAAGGAGCCUUCUCUAGCAACAUAUAUCCGGGCUGCUAUCGACGCCGACCCUGCUAUUACAGAGUAUAUCCCGAACGGGGUAAAGAGAAUUAUCCUCGUCAUUGACGCCCUCGACGAGUGCGAACGAGACGGUGAUAUCAGAGCCAUCAUUUACCUAUUAUCGCAGGCGAAGACGUUGACCUCAGUGCAGCUGAGGUGCUUCGUGACGAGUAGACCCGAGCUGCCCAUUCGACUUGGCUUCAAUGACAUCAGAGGCAAAUACCACGAUUUAAUUUUGCACGAUCUACCAAAGUCAAUCAUCGAGCAUGAUAUAACUGCAUUUCUCAACCACAGGCUUACUAUAAUUAAGGAGGACUACAACGCUCUGCUGCGUGCCGAUCGCCAACUUCCGGCGGUUUGGCCGGGCUCCAACGCAGUCAGGGAUCUAGUCCAGAUGGCCGUUCCGCUCUUUAUCUUUGCAGCUACUAUCUGUCGUUUCAUCGAAGAUCCAGCAUGGUCCGAUCCCGCUGGGCAACUACAAAAGGUCCUCGAGUACCGGUCAAGGACUCAGCAAUCCGAAAUUGACAAACUAGAUGCUACCUAUCGUCCGAUCCUUGACCAGCUGCUCAGGGGUACUGACGCGGCUAAGAGAUCGCUCGCAAAUGAGUUCCGGAUUGUUGUGGGCUCGAUUGUGCUUUUAGCUGAGCCUCUAUCAAUAUCGUCUUUAGCCCGUCUUCUCGAUAUCAACAAGUCCGUUAUAGACCGUAGACUCGACUCUCUUCAUUCUGUCCUCAGCGUGCCAGCCUCUACCGACGCUCCUAUUAGGAUGUUCCAUCUAUCGUUCCGCGACUUUCUCAUAGACCCUGAUAAGCGCGACAAUAACCCAUUCUGGGUAGACGAGCGGGCAACCCACGAGAGGAUUGCAAUCAGAUGCCUAGAACUUCUAUUGGGUAGUGGCUACUUGAGGAAGGAUAUUAUUUUCAGCCAGGAAAUGUCUGGACUUAGUCGCGCAGAUAUCGACCCAGCGGUCAUCGAAUUAUAUCUACCAGCAGACGUUCGCCAUCAAGCAUACUCGUUCCUCAAAUCACACUUUCUUUACUGGCUCGAAGCAUUAAGCCUACUAGGCAAGAUCUCUGAUAGCAUUACCAUGAUCAAGAGUUUACAAGCUCUCAUCAGUGUCCUCGAGGGCCAUAGCUCCCCGGUCGACGCCAUCGCUUUCUCGCCUGACUGCUCGAUACUGGCAUCGGCGUCACGUGAUCGAACCAUUCGGCUUUGGGAUACGAAGACGGGCGAGGAGAAGCAGAUCCUCAAGGGCCAUAGCGACUGGGUUGAUACUGUAGCUUUCUCGCCUGACGGCUCGAUACUCGUAUCGGCAUCACACGAUCGAACCAUCCGACUUUGGGAUGUGAAGACGGGUGAGGAGAAGCAGGUCCUCGAGGGCCAUAGUGACUGGGUUGACGUUGUCGCCUUCUCCCCUGAUGGCUUGAUGCUUGUAUCGGCAUCUCAUGAUCAAACUAUUCGGCUUUGGGAUAUAAAGACAGGCGAGAAAAGGCAGGUCCUCAAGGGCCAUAGUGCCUGGGAUAAUAUCGUUACCUUCUCGCCCGACGGCUUGAUGCUCGCAUCGGCAUCAAGUGAUCGAACUAUCCGGCUCUGGAAUAUGGACUUGAGUGAGGAGAAGCACAUCCUUAAAGGCCAUAGAGGUGAGGUCAUUGCUGUCGCCUUCUCGCCUGACAGCUUGAUGCUUGCAUCGGCAUCAAAUGAUCGAACUAUCUGGCUCUGGGAUGCGAAGACGGGCGAGAAGAAGCAGGUCCUCGAGGGCCAUAGUGACAGGGUCAACGCUGUUGCCUUCUCGCCUGAUGGCUUGAUACUGGCAUCGGCAUCAAGUGAUAAAACUAUCCGGCUCUGGGAUGCGAAGACGGGCGAGGAGAAGCAGUACUGCAAGGCCAAGAGCGUGCUUACAUCUGUUAUAUGUGAUGAAUCGAGACAAUACGACGCCUGCUAG